UGCCAAGAAAGAUCUCACACACCGCCACUGGUACCAGGUACCACGUACUGACACCUCCCUGUUCCAAUAUGGGCCUCCACAAUCAAGGAUCUUCGAAAGAACGUCCACAACUGCCAACAGAGAUCCACAGUUACAAGACAAAGAGACCAAGGAGAGAGCCAGUACAGUACUGAAGCAUUUUGAUUUCCUCUUUCCACCAUGACACUGGAUGCUGCCGAGUUCAAGUGGCCUAUUAUCGCCACGUUGCUUCAUGCAUUGCAGUACAUUCGAUCCUUGAAUCGACAGACCAAGACAAAGUACCGCCUGACGAAACAAUUCCAAAAGGAGAACAAAGACAAACCCUUCGAUCGGUACAACAGCAAUCACCCAGAAAUGCUGGCUGCCGAUCGCGCCUUUCUCAAUUUUCAAGAGCAAUCCAUACCUUUCUUGACUGCUUUGUGGCUCCAGGCGGUGUUUGUGAAUCCAAACAAGGCGGGGAAGCUUGGCGUUUUUUGGGUGCUGUUGCGCAUGGUAUAUCCGACCCUGUUAGGGAAACAGCUCGAAAACGUAAACCCCAAACGAGUGGCUUUGGUGACCUUUCCCUGCUAUAUGAUCCUAUAUUACAUGCUGGGAGAUGUGCUCAGGGCAGGGCUGCAGUGGCAAUCAGGAUUUUUCAUGUUUUUCUUUAUGAUAGGAUUCCCAAUGCUGGCCUAUAACUUGGCGUAGAAAUUAAUAUGCAAGAGCUCAAUUGCAAAUGGAUUUAUUCCCAAAAUGUGGUCGGGAUGGGAGAACUUCUUUUUUGAGUCGAGGCAAUGAGGUACUGUACACAAUAAAGCCGCACAAGAGGGCCCGUUCUGGGAUUGUCCUUUGCUUUCGCCCAUCGGCGCCUGACGAUCGAAUUAUUGUGUGGCCUUUGCGUCUUUCCGUUGUGCCACCACGGAAAGCCCACUAAGCACAUCACUACAUACACAUGUAAGCAUCAAUCACCCCAUUCUGCAUU